AUGUGUUUCAGUCGGGAGAUGGGGGAGAGCGGGUCAGGGAAGACUGAAGCCACGAAAAUGGUCCUGCGUUACCUGACAGCUAUACAUCACAAACGCAACAUACACAACAGUACUGAUUGGUUGUCACGGUAACAGAUCCUGGAGGCCACGCCCCUGUUGGAAUCCUUUGGGAAUGCCAAAACGGUCCAUGACAACUCUAGCCGCUUCGGGAAAUAUGUGGAGAUAUUCUGGAGGAGUGAGGGUGUGAUCAGUGGUGCCAUAACGUCUCAGUAUCUGCUGGAGAAGUCCCGCAUCGUCUUUCAGGGUAAAUCAGAGAGAAACUACCACAUCUUCUAUGAGAUGCUGUCUGGUCUGGAGCCUCACCAAAAACGCUCUCUUUACCUGCAAGAGGCGGAGACAUACUUUUACCUCAACCAGGGUGGUGACUGUGCGAUAGAGGGGAAGGAUGACGGAGCAGAUUUCCGUCGUGUGCAGAGUGCCAUGGACAUCCUGUGUUUCAGUCCUGAUGAGCAGAACGGCAUCUGUAGACUACUGUCCUCCGUACUACACCUGGGGAAUGUAUACUUUCAGCCAUACCAGGCUGAAGGCCAGGAGGUGGCGACGGUGGUCAGUGAUCAGGAAAUCAGAGUGGUAGCUGAGCUGCUCCAGAUCUCUCCUGAGGGACUCAAGAAGGCCAUCACACACAAAGUCACGGAUACAGUCCGGGAGAAGAUCUACACUCCCCUGACAGUGGAGAGUGCUGUGGAUGCCAGAGACGCUGUUGCUAAGAUCCUGUACUCGCUGCUGUUUCAUUGGCUGACCGAGAAGAUAAAUGGGCGGGUCUAUCCUCGCAACGAGGCUCUGUCCAUCUCUAUACUGGACAUAUACGGCUUCGAGGAUCUGUUAUCAACAGUUUUGAGCCAGCUGUGUAUCAACUAUGCCAACGAGACGCUGCAGUUCUACUUCAACAAGAUCAUCUUCAGGGAGGAACAGGAGGAGUACAUCCGGGAGCAGAUCAGCUGGCAAGAGCUUCCCUUCAGCGACAACCAGGCCGUCAUCAACCUCAUCGCCGCUAAGCCUCAUGGGAUACUGAGGAUCCUGGAUGACCAGUGCGGCUUCCCCCAGGCGACAGACCACACCUUCCUCCAGAAGUGCAACUAUCACCACGGGAACAGCGAUCUGUAUGCCCGGCCAAAGAUGCCCCUCCCAGAGUUCACACUGAAACACUACGCUGGGAAAGUCACAUACCAAGUGCAUAAGUUCCUCCAUAAGAACUUUGACCUGGUGCGUCAGGACGUUCUGGAGCUGUUCAGUAGCAGUAAGAACCGCAUGGUGUCCAACCUGUUCCUCCAACACAGUGAGGGGCUGGCGUCUCAGCAGCGUUCUGCCGCCAGAAGGGGCUCCACCGCCCGCCGUCUCGCCGGCAACACCGUCAGCGCCAAGUUCCAGAGCAGUCUGCAGGACCUGGUGGAGAAGAUGGAGAGAUGUAACCCGUACUUUGUACGUUGCAUCAAGCCAAACCAGCACAAGGAGCCGGGCCAGUUUGAGACGGAGCUGGUGAAGACUCAACUACGUUACUCUGGUAUCCUGGAGACCAUACGCAUCAGGAAGGAGGGAUACCCAAUCAGGAUACCCUUCUACCAAUUCCUCAACAGGUACAAGGCGUUACUGUGUCUGAAGGAGGUACCUCCAGCGGACGGGGAGACCUGUGUUGAGAUGAUCCAUAAACUCUGUCCUGUUAAACCUGGAACAUACCAAGUAGGGGUUACCAAGAUGUUCCUGAAGGAGGAGCUGUACCAACUGAUGGAGUGGAAGCGUGAUCUGGUGUUCCACGUGGCUGCCGUGACCCUGCAGCGUUACACACGGCUGUACUUCAUCAGGAAGAGACGGAACAAGUUCCGAAACACCAUGAUUCAACUACAGACCUUCUGUAGAGGACACCUGGCAAGGAAGAGGUUUGCUCUGAAGAGGAAGUACCUCAUCAAGUUCCGUUCCAUCGUGUUGCUCUACAUCAACCGUCGAAGCUAUGUGAAGGCGGAGAUCGAGCCAAUCAGGAGAGCCGAGGAGGAGUUCAGGAGGAUAGAGGAGGAGCGGGCCAACAGAGAAGUGGUGAACGUUACAACUCUGCCCAUCCCUGCUGAGUUGGGGUUUCUGCUGCAGGCUUCCGCAGGUGGCAGGGAGCUCCACUCUGAGUGCCUAGCUCUGGUCCAGGCCCCUAAGGUCCAGGUGGAUCCUCAGCUGACUCUGCCGUUGAACAUCAACAACUACCUCAUCACUCACUACAUAAGGACCAUCUUCAGGGAAGCUUUGUUUGGGAUGUUGUUUGCUCCGUUGGAGCGCUCUCUGACCCGGGUGGACGAGGAACUGAAUCAGCCAGCGGUGGACGUCUUUAUGCUGAUUCUGAGGUUCAUGGGGGACCCCGACCUGAACGGAGCUCAGGAGAACCUGUUUGGGAACUACAUCAUCCAGAAAGGACUGGCCAAUCAGAGCCUCCGAGAUGAGAUCCUGGCACAGGUAGCAAAUCAAGUCUGGCGAAACGUCAACCCUCAGAACUCAGAACGCGGGUGGCUCCUCCUCUCCGCCUGUCUCUCCUCCUUCCAUCCCUCGCAACGGCUGGAAAAAUACCUCCUCAAGUUUGUCUCAGACUACGGUCCAGGAGGAUAUGACUGUUUGUGUCAACACCGUCUACUCCAGUCAAUGCAGAGGACUUCACUUGGUUACCACGGCGCCCGGACCUACCCUCCCUGUCUACUGGAGUGGACCGCCAACCGCAAGAGAGCUCACACCGUGCUACAGACACACUGUUACAAUGGUGGUGUGUCUGAGGGAGGGCGGGGCUGGUCUGUGUUGCUACGGGAACCGUCCCAGUGGGUGGAGCUGGAGGGCGGUGACUACGUGUUUGACUUGAUCUCAGACCUGGAGUUGCCAGCUGACUUCUCCAAACAGAAGAACUACUUCAUCAUAUCAGCACAGGACUCCAGCAGGCUCAGGACUGAUGCUAGCAUCAGUAGCCUGUUGGGCAGUGGGUUUGGACCAGAUGAAGGCCUCUCCAGACCCUCCAUGCACACCACCAGCAGACACAGCUCUGGGGGGCUCUACGGACAAGACUCAGAGCCCCAGAGAGGGAUGGACCGUUACCUUGAUAGCCUGUUCGACCAUGUUCUCUCAGACGGCACUGGAGACCAGGAGCAUCCAUCUGGUCUCUCCAACAGGAUGCAGGGGGGUGGGGGUGUCGGGGGGGAUAGAUGGGACCCCCAGCCGGGCUCCAGCACCUCUUACUCCACCCAGCCACCCCCCGGAGCGGUGAGGGUUUUGCCGAUGUUGCCGGUGGUCCCGGUGGCUCCGUUGGUCCCGGUGGUACCGGUGGCUCCGGUGGCUCCGGUUGCUUCUGUAGUAGAUCAACAGCAUGCUGUCAUGGCCCAGCAGCAACACGCCAUCAUGAACCAACAGGCCAUCAUUAUGGCCCAGCAGAUGACAAUGCAGGCCAUGGCUUUAGUAACAUCCCCCAUGACCUCGCCACCCACCUCCCCCCUCACCUCACCCCCCAUGAGCCCCCUCCUCCCCCACUCCCUUCCUCCUAGCCCCUACACACAUUUCCCCCCGAGCCCAUAUGCUAGCAUCACUCCUAGCCCUUAUGCCACUUCCAGUCCAGCCAGCCCGUAUGCUGUCAUGCCUCCCAGCCCCUAUGCUGUUUCCCCUGCCACCUCCAGGUCAGCCAACCUCCCUGACCCCUAUCCUGCCCCCCAGAGCCAGACCCCUAGACCCAACUCCACUACCCAGCCUUCCCCUGUCUACCCUGGGGCUAGCCAGCCCACCAGUCCUGAGGUACAGCCAUAUCCAGCCAGCCUCCCUGACCCCUAUCCUUCCACCCAGGCCACGACCGCAGGUAAAGACGCGGUUCCUCAUCAGAAGUCUCCAGCCUUCCCGAUCAACAAGGAACCUGCCAGGAAGUUUGCCCCGGUGGUGACCAGUCCUGCUCCCCCUGCUGCUGAGGUGGUGAAGUCAUCAGUGUUGCCUCAGGUAGACAUCGUACCCAGCAGUAACAUCAAGGAUAUCAUCAGACAGUACGACUCUCCUCCGCCCGUGACUGAUACCCUACCGCCCGGCAAGAGGAGACCAGAGGGGAAGUUUAUGAAGAUGCAGAAUCCUCGUGAUGAAGCUCUACAGAUCCUCAAACCUCAGAUGGACAACCCACCACCACAGCCCAAGCGUCCGUUAGGCCCAAGCCCCUCUGCGAUGGCUCUAAAGGAAGCAGGGAUUAACCCCACCAAGAGGGCCAAGAAGAGGGUCCCUGAACGCCCUCAACCACUCCCUCUACCAGUAUCGCGAGAGCUGCCAGUGGAGGCGGAGACUAUUCAGACCCAGCUCCAUCGCAGCACAACACAAGAACACUACACCUACACCAACGUACCCUGGAAGAUCUACAUCAGGAAGGAGGUGUUCUACCCUAAAGACAGCUUCAACCAUCCCCUGGUGCUGGACCUCAUUUUCAAACAGAUAGUGAAUGACACUCUGUCUCAGGCAUGUGUUAGAAUCUCCAAUCAGGAGAGAAUGAAGAUGAAGUCUCUGUUUGAGAAACAUGGUGUAGAGCGGAACACGGACACAGUGGACGAGGCGGUGAAGAAGGAGGUUGUCACAGUAGCCAAGGAAUCCUGGGAUAUUUAUUUCUCAUGCCUAUUUCCUGCCUCUGGUAGUGCAGGUACAGGGGUACAGGUGUUGUCCGUGUCUCACACCGGGAUCAGGCUCCUGAAGACAGUGAAGAGCAGCACUGAAGAGUCGGACUACUUCAGAGUCCUACGACAUUACACCUACGCGGACAUCCUUUUUCUGACCGUACCUUCAGGGAACAUGCUGGAGUUUAAUCUAACCAAUGAGAAGCUGAUUCUGUUCUCAGCCAAGGCUCCACAGGUCAAACACAUCGUGGACUGCUUCAUCACUGAGAUCAAGAAGGACUCUGAGUAUGUGGUAGCAGAGCGCAACUUUGUGACAGACGAGCGUCCUCUGCUCGCAUUCCAUAAAGGUGACAUCAUCAGGCUGCAGGUCACGGAAGGACUGGAAAAGGGAUACAGCUACGGCUCUGUUGUGAGGAAGAAGGUGAUGUUUCUGGAGGAGAUGAAGAGAGACACGCCAGACUUUGGUUGGAAGUUUGGAGGGGUGUUUGGUCGUGCAGGGGCGUUCCCGACAGAUUGUGUCCGUCCCGUUGCUGCCCCUGACUUCCUGUCCCUCCCGGUCGACCGCAGGGCGGAGCUUAAAGGAGGAGCAGGGCAGGUUGCCGUGACAUCAGCUAUGGCUGUGGCCGUGGCGUCCAGCGCGGCCGCUCACGAGAUAGACCCCACCCUGGAGGAGGGGUUUGAUGAGGUCCUAGAGGUCGACGAGAGCGUUCUGCAGGACACGCGGUACGAUAUGGUGGAGUUCGCAAAGAAAUACUUUAGACAACCGGCUGCUAAGGGGGCCUCUGUGAAGUCCAAGAAGCCCAAAGAUACCAGAGAUCCCUUUGAAAUGGUCAGGUUCUCCAAGUCUCCACUGUCUGAAUCUCUGAUAGAGUUCACUGACCCUGCUAUGAACAGAGUGGCUACAGACAUCUUCCUAUCGGUGAUGCGUUUUAUGGGAGACCACCCCCUGAAGGGCCUGACAGAACAAGAAGUAGUCAACACCUUCCUGAAGCUGAUUGGACAGUUUGGUCUGAUGAAGGAUGAAGCCUACUGUCAAAUCCUCAAACAGAUUACAGGAAACACCAGCUCUAAACCGGACAGUUGUCAGCGUGGCUGGAGGUUGCUUUACAUCCUGACUGCAUUCCAUCGCUGCUCUGAGGUCCUGAAGCCCUUCCUGUUGAAGUUCCUACAGAACGCCUCCCUCAGUCAGGGAGUAGUGUUUCAGGGCAUAUCAAAGGCUUGUGAGCAGAACCUGAGGAAGACCUAUCGGUACGGAGGACGCAUCAUUCCUCCCAGCAGCAUGGAACUGAAAGCUAUGGUGGCGGGGAGGAGCUCCAAGCGACAACUGUUCCUGUUCCCAGGAGGCAUCGAACGGCACCUGAAGAUCAAGACGUGCUCUGUGGCGCUGGACGUGAUAGAGGAGCUGUGUUACGAGAUGGGUCUACACAGACUGGAGGCCGUUGACGAGUACGCUGUCUUCCUGGUCACAAAAAGAGGUGAGAAUGUCCGUCCCCUCAAUAAGAGGGAGUACAUCCUGGACAUUGCUACGGAGGCGGAGCCAAUGGACUGUAACUACAGCCUGUGGUUCAGGAGGGUUAUCUGGACACAGACGCUCAAAUUUGACAACGAGCUCUGUGUCACCAUGCAUUAUAACCAGGUGCUUCCAGACUACCGUAAGGGCUUGAUGAACAUCCUGCCCAGAGGUAAAGUCUCUGAACAGCUGUUCCUCCAGAUCUCUAAACUAUCAGCUCUACAACACAGAGCCAAGGACAUGACGUUCAUACCCAGCAUCCAUGAGUUGUCGGAGUACGUCCCCCCCCUUCUGUUUGGGAAGCAGCCCCCCCAGGCAUGGGUCACCAUGGUAACGCAGCACAUGCAGCAGGUCCAGACCCUCAACCCGCACCAGGCCAAAGCUCAGUUUCUGGGUCUGGUCAGUGCGUUCCCCAUGUUUGGCUCCUCCUUCUUCUACGUCCAGUCUAGCAGCAGUGGCUCCAUCUACGCUCCCUGUAUCCUGGCUGUCAAUCAAAAUGGACUGCACUUUCUCAACAAGGACACUCACGAGCUGCAGACAGUGGUCCCCCUGGUGGAGGUGCAGUCUACCCGCACCCAGAGACCCUCGGCCGGGACCAGCUACCCCUACGUAGACCUCACUCUGGGAGAUCUGACCACUCACAGAGUCACGCAGAUACAGCUCAAACAGGGAUUGGAGCUGUGUCGGGUCAUUGCCAUGCACGUGGAGAACAUGCUGUCAGUCAGAGAGAAGAGAUUCACCCUGCCACCCAGCGAGGUCACUGUGUUAUAAGACACUGUCUGUCUCUCAGGGAGAAGAGACUCACCCUGCCACCCAGCGAGGUCACUGUGUUAUAAGACACUGUCUGUCUCUCAGGGAGAAGAGACUCACCCUGCCACCCAGGGAGGUCACUGUGUUAUAAGACACUGUCUGUCUCUCAGGGAGAAGAGACUCACCCUGCCACCCAGCGAGGUCACUGUGUUAUAAGACACUGUCUGUCUCUCAGGGAGAAGAGACUCACUCUGCCACCCAGCGAGGUCACUGUGUUAUAAGACACUGUCUGUCUCUCAGGGAGAAGAGACUCACCCUGCCACCCAGCGAGGUCACUGUGUUAUAAGACACUGUCUGUCUCUCAGGGAGAAGAGACUCACCCUGCCACCCAGCGAGGUCACUGUGUUAUAAGACACUGUCUGUCUCUCAGGGAGAAAAGAAUCACCCUGCCACCCAGAGAGGUCACUGUGUUAUAAGACACGGUCUGUCUGUCUGUCUCUCAGGGAGAAGAGACUCACCCUGCCACCCAGCGAGGUCACUGUGUUAUAAGACACUGUCUGUCUCUCAGGGAGAAGAGACUCACCCUGCCACCCAGGGAGGUCACUGUGUUAUAUGACACUGUCUGUCUGUCUGUCUCUCAGGGAGAAGAGACUCACCCUGCCACCCAGAGAGAUCACUGUGAUAUAAGACACUGUCUGUCUGUCUGUCUCUCAGGGAGAAGAGACUCACCCUGCCACCCAGCGAGGUCACUGUGUUAUAAGACACUGUCUGUCUGUCUGUCUCUCAGGGAGAAGAGACUCACCCUGCCACCCAGAGAGGUCACUGUGUUAUAAGACACUGUCUGUCUCUCAGGGAGAAGAGACUCACCCUGCCACCCAGGGAGGUCACUGUGUUAUAAGACACUGUCUGUCUGUCUCUCAGGGAGAAGAGAUUCACCCUGCCACCCAGAGAGGUCACUGUGUUAUAAGACACUGUCUGUCUGUCUGUCUCUCAGGGAGAAGAGACUCACCCUGCCACCCAGAGAGGUCACUGUGUUAUAAGACACUGUCUGUCUGUCUGUCUCUCAGGGAGAAGAGACUCACCCUGCCACCCAGCGAGGUCACUGUGUUAUAAGACACUGUCUGUCUCUCAGGGAGAAGAGACUCACCCUGCCACCCAGAGAGGUCACUGUGAUAUAAGACACUGUCUGUCUCUCAGGGAGAAGAGACUCACCCUGCCACCCAGCGAGGUCACUGUGUUAUAAGACACUGUCUGUCUGUCUGUCUCUCAGGGAGAAGAGACUCACCCUGCCACCCAGGGAGGUCACUGUAAAACCAUAAAACAAGUGACAUGUUUACAACCUUAACGUCAGUGUUUAAAACAUUAAAACCUGUGUAAAACAUUUA